CUUCCACAUUCGUCAGCUUCUUCUGUGUGCCAUCCCUUCUUCUUUUUCUUUAGCUAUUGGACUCUUUGAAACCAUGGCUCUCUCUGGUGGCGAUAAAAAUAGAGGAGAGUUGAGGAUUCAUGAGAGUGUGGAUGAGCUAAAGACCGAUUUGGCAGACUAUGUUGCGGAGUUAUCAGAGGCAUCUGUGAAAGAGCGAGGAGUCUUUGCCAUUGCUUUAUCUGGUGGUUCUCUCAUUGGCUUAAUGGGAAAACUCUGCGAAGCUCCUUAUAACAAGACAGUGGACUGGUCCAAGUGGUAUAUCUUCUGGGCUGAUGAGCGUGUUGUGGCGAAAAACCAUGCUGAUAGCAAUUAUAAGCUUGCUAAAGAUGGCCUUUUGUCCAAGGUGCCUAUUGUCCCCAGCCAUGUACAUUCUAUUAAUGAUUCAGUGUCAGCAGAGGAAGCUGCUGAUGAUUAUGAGUUUGUCAUACGUCAGUUAGUGAAAACCCGUGUUAUUAGUGUGUCAGAGAGUAGCGACUGUCCCAAGUUUGAUCUCAUUCUGCUCGGAUUGGGUCCGGAUGGCCACGUUGCUUCUUUGUUUCCUAAUUACUCAGCACUAAAUGAAAGGGAAGAAUGGGUGACUUUCAUCACUGACUCCCCCAAACCUCCACCUGAGAGAAUCACAUUCACCUUGCCUGUUAUCAAUUCUGCAUCGAAUGUUGCAGUAGUUGUCACAGGUGAGAGCAAAGCAGAAUCUGUACACUUGGCGAUAGAUGAUGUUGGACCUGACUGCCCGUUAAUACCAGCACGAAUGGUCCAACCCACUACGGGGAAGUUAGUGUGGUUCUUGGAUAAACUGGCUGCUUCAAAACUUGAAGAUUCCAACAGUUUGAACAAGUAGAACUUGAUGAGGUGUAAGUUUGUAUUUAGUGUUAAGGGAUUUUACAAGUGUUGAUCAUAUCCUUAGAUCCUAUUUCUUUUCUCUUGGAUAGAAAGUCUCUUUUUUUGCCUUUUCUUGCUCUUUCUUGGGAAGUUGUUUGGAAAAAGUGUGGUAUAGAUUUUGUAAGCGGCCAAUAAAAGUCAUGGAGAGCAUCAUUUCAAGUUCCAACUCCUUGCUUGCCUUCUAAUUCCUCAUUGGGUUAUUGGCUAUGAUGAUGAUCUGACCUGUUAGCAAUUUAGGAAGGAAAAUCAGGUUCAUUUAAUUCUAAGAGUUCACUUUCCCACACCCUCCUAGUUUCUUGUUUUUCUAUUUUGUUUAAAUUUUAAUAUAUUUAGUCUUCUUGAUGAUGGAAAAUUUAAAUGUUCCCCACCUUUUUUUCAGUUGAUAAUUGAAUUUGAGGAGUCCUCUGGCCAUUGGGAGAGGAUAUUAUGUGCCAUCAAGUAUCCAUUUAUGUAUUCUUCUUUGGACUUUGUGGCUAUUGAUGGAUGCAACAUGCACCAUCAAGGCUUCACAUACCAU